AUGACUCGUGAUCAAGGCACAAAGCUCAUUUGGCUUGCACGGGAUAGCAUUGACGACAAGGACAUAUGGAAUCAACAAUCCACAGACCACAAUGGAAGACGACGCAGCAUGGAUCAGCUUGCCACAAUGUGUGGAAUACUCAAGGGUGAUAUUGAACAGCUUUCAGGUAGGCGAUUCAAGGUGACGGCAGGCAACAUGACCAAGUUAUCCUGGUUGGUGGAGACCAAGACCCUGGUGUUCAUGGAUGAGUUAUGGCGUGAUUGCCUGCUAUUUGUCACCCGCUCGAAUGAUGGUUAUGGACGUUUUCUGCAAGCAGGAAAUUCUUCGCUUGGUGGUUUGGUUACUUCCAGCUUGGGGUCCUCUUCGUCAACCUCCCAGCCUGCGAAGCGUGUUCGCCACAAUGAAGACGCAUCAACCACUUCCGCUUCUGGUGACGAUGGUGAUGACAACGAUGAUGAAGAUGAUGAAGAUGAAAGCCCUUGGGACAUGUUCCAAGGUUGGAGCACCUUGGGUGGACCACCAUCUAAGGAGGUGUUCAAGUGGAAGGAUGAACAACCAGACCUUGUGGAGCUUUUCGAUGCUGACAGCACCAUAAUGGAAAAACUCAAGGCCAAUGCCACAGGUGUGAACGUGGAGUUGGUGAAUGACAAGGCAAUCAAGGUGGAUGGCCCCAUUCAAAAGGUGGAACGGCUGCUUGAGGGUGAUGCAGCAAUUGUUGUGAUGGGACCAUCUCCGGUGAACUAUGUCACCAUCACCAUCAUAGGACCACUCGUGAAGUCCAAAUUGGCAGCUAUCAAGAGCUCGAUUGGAAAGCUAGCAAGGCCUGUUGCUGCCGAAAAGCUUCAUUUUUCGGUGGCCAAAACGUCUGGUCACUGGUCCUCUGAGCAAGUUUCUCAACUUGCUCAUGGCAUUGAUAAGUAUCUUAGACGAUCGUCAUCAUGUGCAGCAAGCAGCAGCAGCUUUAUCUGCGAUACGGUGGCAUUCACCAACUUCAACAGCAAUAUCCAAGUACUUGGUGUGGCUCCUAGUGAUACCAAUAGCCCGGACCAUCAACUGAUCGGUGAACUACAUGGUGUGCUUGGGGGUAAACGUGGUUUGACAAUGAAGAUCACUCCCCUUGUCACCAUCGUUAAUAAAGGCAAAAAGAAACUUUCGGGUUCGGACUUCCAAGACUUCAACAAAGCAAACGGCAAGGAUGGCUUUCUGGGUCCUUUGGCGCUGCAAGCAAACAAGAACAAGACUUCACUACUUGGGAUAAUGUACAUUGUAAAGCUGUAA